UGGGCAUUGAAAGAUGGCAUAGCAGAUGGGAAAUGUGGCCAUGGUGAUCUAAGAGAAGAGGAAAGAGCAAAACCAUGGCUGACAAAGGACUCUUCAUCGCAUAAAGCUUUGAGAAGCAUUGUGCUGAACAAGCGACUAUUGAAUGAAAUGUCAUAUUACACCAGAUUUAGACAUACAGGUUUUCUGGAAUCCUUCCACAACCAUUUGUUGAUGUACUGUGCAAAACGUCAAUCAUAUACCUUAAUUGGAUAUAAGAUGCGAAAUCAACUGGCAGCAAUUGACUUUAAUAAACACAGAACAAGACAAGUUGCAAAGACAUUAGAUGGAAAACCAAGAUAUAAAGCACACUACAGUAAAAGGACAAAGCAAUGGUGCCCUGUUGCAGUCCUUGAGCCAAAGGAAUACAAAUAUUUGCCAGAAUUGAUCACUGCAAUAUUUGAAAAAAGAAGAACAACACCUGGCCAUGUUACACAGAAGUUAGGUCUUGCUCCAGAUGACCCCCGGAACAUUGCCAGGAAUAUUGCUGUGGUACCCCAGCCUCCAAUGGAAGAGCUUCUGAGACAACACAAAACAAGGUUUUGAUAUGAGGGAAUACCUUACUUGUGACACUAUAACUUGAUGUCACACAUCCAUGGACUAUAUAUAUGUAAUUUUAGAUGAUUUGUGGGAAUUUAAAUAUUGGUAGGGGAGGCAUGCAUAAUAUUGUGUGCAAGUAUCUUAUAAAUUAUAGUGAAUGAAUAAAUUUGCAUAGGUCAUGCC